AUGGACUCUUUGGAUACAGACUUGCAUAGAGAUGUUAUAGAGCAAGUCCGUAUGAUUCACUAUAGACUAUUGACAGCUCAGAAUCGACAGAAGAGUUAUGAAGACCGGAGAGUUAGAGACUCAGUGUUUAUUGAGGGUGAUCAUGUAGCUUAUAAGUUGGCAUUGCCACCUAGUUUGUCUGCAGUUCAUCCUGUUUUCCAUGUAUCUAUGCUUCAGAAGUAUAUUCCAGAUGAAUCUCAUGUGAUUUCACUUGAUUUUAUGGAGGAGGGUCACGACAUGACAUAUGAGGAGGAUCCUAUAGCUAUAUUAGAUACACAACAAGGAAAGCUUAGGACCAAGGAGAAUGCUUCACUGAAGGUGCAGUGGAAACACCGUUCAGUAGGAGAGGCAAUUUGGGAGACAUAG